AUGUCCGUUUCAAACUGCAAAGAGGUCCUCGGCGACGAGUUCGAGGGGCGCCUGCUCGAUCUCAUGCGUCGCUGGAAAGUACCUGGGUGCGCCAUCGCCUUGGUACCGGCCGCCGAGCAGCCCAUCAUCAAAACAUACCAUCUGGAGGGUAUAUGCGAGCCCAUCACGAAUCAGAGUUGCUUCCCUGUGGCUUCUUGUACCAAGCUGGUCACUAAUCUCGCUCUCAUCAAAGCCCUCGAGACUGCCGGAUACGACCAUCCCCUCGAUGUGCGCAUCAAGGACAUCCUGCCCGAAUUCCAGCUAUCCGAGCCCACCGCUACAGAAGAGUGCCUUGUGGGGGACAUCAUUGGCCACCGCUGCAGUAUCCCGGCUUUCGACUUUCAGUCGAUCAGACCGUUCGAAGAAGGCGUGGAUUGUCUGAGCUUGGUGAAAGACAUGCCCCUAUCGCAUCCCUUCCGGGAAGACACAAACAGCUACAGUAGCGCCAUGCACCAACUGACUCUCCCACUCAUCGAGCAGCUGACGGGUAACACGUUCCGUGCAUACGUCAAGGAGGCGAUACUCGACCCUCUAGGUAUGUCCGCCACCUGCCACUCUGCGACCGAGGCGGGGUCCAGCCUGGCCCUCGGAUACCAAGUGCGGUAUGAUGCUAAAGGCAUGCAAGAGAAGAUGAUGACGUUGAGGCAUCCAUAUGAUGCUCUGGGAGCGGUGUCUGGCCUGGCAAGUCUUCGGAUGAUGACCUCCAUUGAAGAUUUGUCGAAACUACUCACGCACCUGCCUACGGUUCCCUUGUUUGCCGAGAUGUCAAUCCCGCAUCAAGACCCGUCCACUUGGGUCGAGGAAGCGGAAAUGUGCGCGCCCGGCACCCUGGCGAUCCUCCUCGAUGGUCAUCUCAUGUCGGGGUACACUGGCGCAUGUCCUGGCUUCAGGUCACACGUUGUCCACGUGCCUUCUCUGGGUGUCGGGAUCGGCGUGUUGACCAACUCCACCGAGGGGCUGUACCUCAUCCGCUGGAUAGAGGCGUGGGUCGUGGGGGCAUUGACAGGGAAGAGGGAGCAGCUAUGCGAGAAAGUCAUCAAUCAAAUCGAGAAGGAUCGAGCAGCUUUCCAUCAGACCGUCAUGACCCAGUGUCCAGCUCUACGCGGAAGUGGCGACGAGAAGCUCAUCGGCAAUUUCUACUCGCCCACUUUCGGCUCCCUCACCUUCACCGACGACUGCACUGUCGACACGAGACCGUUUGGCAACAUGAUGAACAUGCCGUGGCUGCCCCACCUAUACGGAGACGUCCGACCGCUUAUCACCAGUAUGGGAGGUGGGAGAUUUGAGGGAUGCCUGGAGUGGACGGCGGGAGCGGAGCAGGAGCAGUGUUGGGGAAGGCAGUAUGGGUAUCCCUUCAGACUUGAGGUGGUCAGUGUCGAUUCUGAGGAGGAGGAGAUCAGAGUGUGGGGUAUGGCGUGGUUAGAGUCAGGAAGUGAAGAGGGACCGCCUGCUGUAUAUCGUCGCGUAUGA